UCCGAUUUGAAAAACUUGUUUGUCGAUAGACGGAGGGAACGAAAUUCGAAUUUGUGUGAGGGGAGCAGCGAGAGAUUCCGGAGUCGCUGAUUUACACAAAAAGAACAUGAUGAUCAGGCCUACUAAAGGCAAGACCCCGCGGCGACCUGCCCCUAAAAAGCCAGCAAGCAACCUAAAGGAUCCAGUCGGAGUGUACUGUCGUGUGCGACCACUAGGAGCAGAGGAUGAAGAAUGCUGUAUUGAGGUGAUCAGUAGUACCACUAUCCAGCUUCAUGCCCCUGAUGGCCUUAAAGCCAAUCGGAAUGGGGAGUUCAAAGAAACUCAGUAUUCCUUCAAGAAGGUGUUUGGAAUUAAAACCACACAGAUGGAAUUGUUUGAGGAUGUCGCAAAACCUCUUGUGGAAGAUCUUAUUCAUGGCAAAAAUGGUCUUCUCUUCACCUAUGGUGUUACUGGCAGUGGAAAAACCUACACAAUGACUGGUUCCCCAGGCCAAGGUGGGCUCCUGCCCCGCUCACUGGACAUGAUCUUCAACAGCAUUGGUCCUUACCAGGCCAAAAGAUUUGUCUUCAAGCCAGAUGAUAAGAAUGGCAUGGAAAUACAAAACCAGGUGGAUGCUCUUUUGGAACGACAGAAACAAGAAAGUCAGUCAUCUGUACCAAAGACUCCAUCCUCAAGGCAAAGAGUUGAUCCAGAGUUUGCUGACAUGAUCACUCCAGAAGAGGCUUCCAAGGCUGGAGGGGUGGAUGAGGACAGUAGCUACAGUGUGUUUGUCUCCUACAUUGAGAUAUAUAAUAACUACAUCUAUGAUCUCCUGGAGGAGGCUCCAUAUGACCCAAUAAGGCCAAAGUGGAAUGGUACAGGGACACCUCUUCGGCACAACACUGAGUUCAUACCACCCCAGUCCAAGAUUUUACGUGAAGAUCAAAAUCACAACAUGUAUGUGGCCGGAUGCACAGAAGUUGAAGUAAAAUCAACAGAGGAAGCAUUUGAAGUCUUUUGGAGGGGUCAAAAGAAGCGCAGGAUAGCAAAUACUCAGCUAAACCGGGAGUCGAGCAGAUCACACAGCGUCUUCAUCAUUAAACUGGCGCAAGCCCCGUUGGACGCGGAUGGAGACAAUGUCCUUCAGGACAAGAACCAGGUGAAUGUGAGUCAAGUGUGUCUGGUGGACCUGGCUGGAAGUGAACGCACAAGCCGAACCCGUGCAGAGGGCAACCGCCUUCGAGAAGCAGGCAACAUCAAUCAGUCUCUAAUGACUCUUCGAACUUGCAUUGAAGUUCUCAGGGAGAAUCAGAUGUGUGGAACAAACAAGAUGGUCCCAUACAGAGACUCUAAAGUGACCCAUCUAUUUAAAAAUUAUUUUGAUGGAGAGGGGAAAGUCAGAAUGGUGGUCUGUGUGAACCCUAAGGCAGAUGAUUAUGAAGAAACUAUGCUGGUGAUGAGGUUUGCUGAGAUGACUCAGGAAGUAGAAGUGGCUCGGCCUGUUGAUCGGCCCAUUUGUGGCUUUGCUGCAGGACGCCGACAGAGGAAUCAAGCCUUCAAAGACGAGCUGUCUCGCCGGCUAGAGGAACGUGGCGGCCCAGUAAAUGGAGAACCUUCCACAGCCCUGAGCCAUUUGUUGCAAAAUCUGCCCCCCUUGCCUCCUUGUGAAAUCUCUGACCCUGCCGAUGACCAUACGCUACCUAGAUUUAUUGAGGCUUUGGAGAAACGACAUAAGAUUCGCCAUAUGAUGACUGAAGAGUACAACAAAGCGGCCAAAAUGCUGAAGUCCAUGCUUCAAGAACUGGAUGGCAACCUAAUCUCUAAAGAGAAUUUCAUCCAUGAGCAACGGGGCAAGCUGGGUGAGAAAGACAAAAUGAUCCAGAAUCAGAAAAGCGAGAUUGAUCGUCUAGAGAAGAAAUCCAAGAUGCUGGAGUACAAGAUUGACAUUCUGCAGAAAACCACAAACAUCUAUGAGGAGGAUAAGCGUGCAUUACAGCAGGAGCUGGAGAGCAGAGGCCAGUUGUUGCAGCGGGAGCUGUCAGAAAAGAAGCGAAUGGAGGCACGCAUGCAAGGCUUUGUCUCUGAUGAAAAGCUCAGGUGGCAAAAGGAGUGUGAAAGGCGGGUAAAUGCCAAGGAACUAGAAAUGCAGAACAAGCUUUGGGUAAAAGAUGAAAAGCUGAAACAGCUCAAGGCUAUAGUAACGGAGAGCAAGGCAGACACUCGACCAGAUAAACCACAGCGACCUUCCAGAGAAAAGGACAGAGUGCCUCCAAAAAGAUCAGCCUCACCUUCGCCAAUGCCUGCCUCAGAAUAUACCCUUCCCAAAGUUGUCAGGCCAGCCCCCCUUUCCCCUAGCAAUAGCAGUGUGUCUGUGGCCUCCUGCAUCUCCGAGUGGGAGCAGCGAACGCCACAGGCCAACAGGCAGGGCAGCCCCUCACCACCCCAUGGUAGAUACAGAGCUCAGGUUGUCCCCGGAAGCCUUAGCAGAAGAAGAGGCAGGGGCUGGUCCAAAGACUGUGAGAUGCCAGUUCAGCCAGCAGAUGUAGACCUAGAGGAAAUUUGUUACAGGACUGGGCCAACGGUUCGGCCAAUGCACAGGCGCUCACAGUCAGCUGGUGGUGAGAGAUGGGUAGACCACAAACCCAACACCAAUGUGGAGCUGGACACCGUGAUGCAGCCCAUGGUUCCUAACUCGAUCAAGGUGAACGCUCCCAGUGAGAAAGCCCUGUCCAAGUGCGACAAGUACAUGCUGACACACCAAGAAGUGGCUUCUGAUGGCGAGAUCCAGACCAAGCUCAUUAAGGGUGAGGUUUUCAAAACUAGAGGUGGGGGACAAGCAGUUCAGUUCACUGAUAUUGAAACAUUAAAACAAGAAAAUGCAGCAGGCCCAAGCCGUAAAAGGAGGUCGUCGGAGAAUAAACAGGAUGAACGUACGGAUGGGGACUGGACAGAUGUAGAGACUAGGGUACGGGAUUGUGCUGUGGCAGUGGAGAUGAGAGCUGGCUCAAACCUGGGACCUGGUUAUCAACACCAUGGAUAUCCAAAACGCAGAAAGCCUUAAGCACCCAAAGCCUUUCCUUUUGCUAUCACAGUCAAGAGUUCUUCCUUCUUGAAACCUCUCAUCACUGUGCAAUACUUUCUACUAUUUAACUUUUUAAAAUACUUUUAUAUAAAACACUUUUAUACAUAGGCCUGUAUAUAAAUUCACCAAAGGGGUUUUGUAAUGUAAUGUGUUUUCAACUUUUGUGUUACGAUCACAUAUUUGGGCCCAAUUUAAUCAAGGCUUAUAACUAAGGUAUGGGGUGUGUAAAAUCCCCUACUGACCCUCAAAUGUGUGAAGGUUUUCUAUAAUCCUUUUUCCUCUUUUGAAAUGGGCUGUUGCUGAAGUAGGGUAAUCUAAGCAUAUGCUAGUCUGGAUUUUGUUUUCUAAGUAGAACCUCAUUAUUAAUUGCAAUGCUGAUUGUAGUAAAGACAGUUUUCUCACUUGUAUGAUAUAAAUACAGCUUGUCAGAACAAAUCUGAACACCGUGGCAUUCACACUACUCAUGAACUGUUAAACGGCUUAUGAGUCUUUUUUUUUUGUAUGUUAUUUUCACAUAAAUUUAAUCCUUGUGUA